GCUGAACGGAAACAACAUUCAGCCUGAGCAGCUGCAAGCUGGGGGAACAUUUUCAGCAGCUACUUCUUCUCAGUCCAAAAAGUUCUUUACAAUACCAGAGAAAUGAGGGAAAAACAAGACUGUCUUGCAAAGAUGGAAUCUGUGACAACUCUGCUUUAUCUGGGACUGUUUUUGUCUGCCUGGAGCAUCACCACUGCAGAUGAGAACUUUGUCCCCAAAGCAGAGAAUGUUCACUGGGUGUCGCUGGACUUUAAGACCAUCCUUAGCUGGACUACCAAACCAUCGGACUAUACAUACUCUGUCCUGUACUCUAUGGAUGAUGGCGACUGGUCAGAAAGUCCUGACUGUAACCGAAUAUCAGAGACGAACUGCGAUCUAAGUGCCCACCUCAUGCCCUUGGACAGGAUGUACUCUGCUGACAUUCAAACAGAACCUGCAGAGUUCGACUACAACUCUAAUGUAGAGGACUUACCUCACACUUAUUCUCCACAGUUCAACCCCUAUAGAGAGAGUAACAUCAGUGCUGUGGAAUUCAGUGUGGAGGCCACCAAUGACAGCAAAGUAAUUGUCAGCAUCAAGGAUCCUGUGACCACUCUUCAUGAUGCUUAUGGAAAGCAGCUCAGCAUCAGAGACAUUCUCCAAAAGGAUCUCAAGUACAAGAUUAGCUACUACAAGUCCGGAAGUACAGGAAAGAGAGACAUCAUAAGUGAUUCCAGUGUGGCAAAUGUGUCGAAGCUGGACUCAGGACAAAGUUACUGCUUCAUGGUGGCAGCUUUCAUCCCGUCCAGACCCAAAGCCACCCAGCUGGGAACCUGGAGCACACAGCAGUGUACAUACGUACAAGGAGGAAACGUCCUGCAAGAUUUGAGACUUGAAACGUGGGUUGGUGUAGCCUUCAUCCUGCUUACAGUCCUCAUCAUCACCAUCACAGUGACUGUCCUCUGCUGCAGAUGCCGCCAACAAAGAAACAGAACAUUUCAGACAUCUCAGUCAUCAGUGCCUGUUUAGUGUUUAGUGUGUAUGUGUGUGUUUUGUUUUGUUUUUUGUAAACACAGGGGGCUGGUCUCUCUUCAGUUUUCUGUCUUCUCUCUGAUUCUGAGAAAACAUCAGUCUUUAAAAUUUUAAAUUUUUUUUUUCCACCUGUGAAUUUCUAGCACUUGUUCCAUGUGUUUGUGUUUGAAGGACCUAUUGUUACCUGUGGGUUGCACGGCGGUUCAGUGGUUAGCACUUUUGCCUUGUGGCUAGAAGAUCCCUGGUUUGUGUCCCAACCUUCCUGGGAUCUUUCUGCAUGGAGUUUGCAUGUUCUCCCUGUGCAUGCGUGGCUUUUUUCGGGGUUCUCCAGCUUCCUCCCACAGUCCAAAAACAUGCUGAGGUUAAUUGGUAACUCUAAAUUGUCCAUACAUGUAAAUGUGAGUGUGAUUGUUUGUCUCUAUGUGUAGCUCUGUGAUAGACUGGUGACAUGUCCAGGGUGUCCCCUGUCUUCACCCUAAGUCAGCUGGGAUAGACUCCAACCCCCCGCAACCCUAAUGAGGGUUAAGCAGUGCAUAGACAAUGGAUGGAUGGAAAUCUUACCUCAUCUUCUUUGUUCUCAGUGUAUCAGUCCAGCUGCCUUCACAUCGUUUUCUUUUUCACACUUAUCCCUCUGUCAACUCACUUUUUCUUUAAAGUCCUGCCGCAACAAUAGCAAACUCACAAGAGUAACUUCUGUUGAUCAAAAGGAUUGGAAAGCAAUAGUAAAUGUCCUGCACUUAUUAAGCUCUAUUCUACCAUAGUGGUACUGAAAGCACUUAACAAUGUGUUUCUCAUUCACCAAUUAACAACAGAGGAACGAGCAACUUUGGGCUCAGUGUCUGGACGCUUUGACAUAUCAGGGGGAUUGAACCACCAACCUCAUGAUCAGUGGACAACCUGGUCAACCACCUGAGCCACAGUCACCCAACAAAAACCAAACAUCAGAGAUAGCAGAUUCAUGCUAUGAUUGAACAUAUAGUUUUCAGUAAAUAUUCAGAAAGUUCAGCAAUUUAGAGAGGCAGUCAGCCAUGACAUAAAUCUGCUCUGUAUCUAAUUGAGUCACUUCUAGUGACAAAUGCACAGAGAUUUUUCACCCUUGUUGUUCACGUUUAGAGAUCCACAAAUUCCAGUCUUGACUCUCUCAGUGUUACGUUGCAGCAGACUGUUUUCAGUGAAAAAACUUUCUCCAGAAAGUUCCUCAAAUGGAGGACUUAGGUACAACAUUUCGUUCAAUGUUACUACUGCUAGAAUUUAACAGCUAUAGUCAGACUUUUCUGCUGCCUCCAACAAAUGUUUGAACUUUGAGAUUUAGUUGACAGUCUGUUGAUUUGAUUGUUGUUAUCAACAAUGUCCUGUUUUGUACAGACAGCGGGGACAACAGAAGACAAAGCAAACAUAACGUAUUAUAGAUUACUUUUAUUCUUUAGUUUUUCAUCACAGAACAUCACAUUUAGACAGCAACAUGUACACCACACAUAGUUUUAUCAUCAUCACAAAAAGCCAUGGCCAAAAGUUAUUCUGAAUAUGGUUUCCUUCAACCAUGGCUUUAAAGUGCAUACAUCUGUAUCAUAGAAAACACACACUGCAAAAAAUGAAAAGCUCCAGAAGCAAGUUCAUCUCUGACUCUCUGAACAAUAUUACUGCUCUGAUAACUGCUUUCAGUAAUAUUCAUAUCCUGUCCAGACAUUAUAAGCAGCCUGUAAAUCAAUAAAUACAAAAAUAAAUAAAUACAAAAAUAAAUGAGUCAGAAACAACAAAUAGUUCAACUGCAUUCUGUGUAAAUAAUAAAAUUGCUUGCUAACUUUUUCAUUUUUACAGUGCACGGAAUGAGAUGUUUAUUGUGCUACAUGUGCCUAUGUACAGUGAUGCAUUUUCAGCAGUUCUUUUAAUAUGUAAAACAACUGUUACCUUUACACGAAUCAGUUUUAGCUCUGGACUGAAAAUGGGAAUAAAACAUGUUGACAUUUGUAAGACAGUCUUAAAAUCUAACUUCAUUCACUUUCAAGUGGUUCAAAAUGGGAACAGAAACUGCAAAAAUAUGUUUCAAGAGGACGGAAAAACUUUUACGAUCUUCUGCCUCUAAUAGGGUUAAUUAGGUGUUCAGCAUGAGUAUUCUACACAAUGACAAUAUUGUAACAUGCCCUCCUGUUUCAAUAAAUUCCUCUACAUGAGUUUUUAAACUUC